AUGUCCGGCGAAGGCCCCGAAUCCAUUCCCACCUCCGCCGACCCGCGCUCCCACCGCCCCACCAAGAAACGCGCCCUCACCCCCCUCUCCGCGCAAGCCGCCUCCCUCGACGCCCUCUUCGCCAACCCGGACCGCCCCGUGCGCGUGCCCCCCUCCUCCGGCUCCGGCUCCGGCGGCAAGCCCGGCUCCGGUGGUCCCGCCUCCUCCGUGCCCCCGGAGACGGUCGCGCACGUGCAGGGCUCCAGCGCCGGCGCCGGCUCCGGCGAGUUCCACGUCUACAAGGCCUCGCGCCGGCGCGAGUACGAGCGCCUGCGCGCCAUGGACGAGGACCUGCGCAGGGAAAAGGGCCAGGAGGAGUUUGACCGCCUCAAGAGGGAAAGGGAUCGCAAGGACGAGGAGAGGACGAGGAAGAAUAGGGAGAAGAGGGAGAAGAUGAAGGCGAGGAAGGGGAAGAAGGGCAAGGGCGGCGGCGGCGGCACGGCCAGCAACAUGACGCAAGCGACGGCUCCGACGACAGACGGAGAGCACGCAGUCUCUGACAAGGACGACAAAGCAGAGCAGGGCGGCGCGGACCAAGCACCAAAUGCCGCGACGCAGCCUGCGGGCCUCAUUAUCCACGACGAUGACUGA